AGGGGAAACUAAUUAUUGAAAAGCUGAAGCAGAAUGAGAUUUCCGUAUAUAAAUUGUAACAGACAGCCAGUCACCCCUAAACCUUGUCUAAUUUGCCUUUUAUACUUGUUAUUUGUCAGUUUGGCGAACAAGGGGCGAAUCAUUGUGAUUGGCUUCAUUGAGAGCUAUCAGAAAGAGGGCGCUCUUGCUCCAAAGAAUGAAGGAUCAUGGGCUGGUAUAGUGCUCCAGAAGUCUGCGUCUAUCCGAGGGUUCCUUCUCUUCCACUUUGCUGACCUCUGGAAGCGAUCCUUGACCAACCUGACCCAGCUUCUCAUGGGAGGUCAACUCAAGGUCGCAUAUGACCAAGGCAAACAUGACCCCAAGGGACCGUUCACUGGUCUGGAAGCUGUCUAUGACGCUGUUGAUUACCUAUACUCCAAGAAGAGUGAAGGUAAGAUUGUAGUUGAACUCAACCCAGAAGACAAACCCAAGCUCUAACAAGCAUCUAGCUCUCAAGCAACACUCAGGCAACACUCAGGCCAACCAAAGAACCCAACCAAAGAUAGCAAUGGGAGCACAUGAAGAAGCUAAACGGUUCUUAGCUAUCCUGGAAACCAGGGAAAACCUGGGGGCGUUUCACAAAACUUGUCAUCAGUGACAAAUGACAGUUAUUGUUAUAAGCUACUGAAAUUCUUGAUUCUGAUUGGUUAUCAGCAGAUUUGUCAUUGAUUUUUUUUCAUUUGUCAUUGAGGAAAGGCUUUGUGAAACAGGCCCCUGGUCAAUGUGUUCCACUUUUUCCAGGCAGGGAAUAGUCAGGGAUUCAAGAAAAAUCACUCAAAUCAAGCGAAAUUUUAAUAUCCUACAGAAAUUAGUCAGUCUCAUAUAAUUUUUUGUAUCCAAAGAUCAUAUCCACUAGAUAUUUGGCAACUGGCUUUUUUAAGGCUUGUUCAGAUAUGAAGUGAUAAACAAUAGCGCUUAAAAAAAAAUACUUGUAAUUGAAUGGAAACCGCAACAAAUUGACAAAGGUCUUUCAAGUAUUCAAUUAGCUCUGUAUUAUAAGAUACAGAAUCGUGAAGCCGUAUCACACAGCAACACUGGUUUACCAACUCAUAUCUGAACUAGGCUCUAUUGUAUGUUACCGAUAAUUUGCUUGAAAUAAUGAUCUCCCAAUUGUACAAACUUCAUCACAGGUAAAAGUCUCUGAACCCUCUACUGUGAUCAUCAAUGAUUACACCAUUUAGCACAAACUUAUUGUGGUAAAAUCCACAUUGCAAUUCACCCACAUGGACAAUUCAUAUUCACUCAUGUUUUUGGAGUGGUUUUAAUUGUUCAAUACUUGCUCAAAGUAGCUGAAAUACACAUUUUAAAGAUGUUUGUCCACUCUUUGUAAUAUUUCUUGUCAAUGAAUUUUGUUCAGUGCCUGCCAAAUUGAAAUGAUUCCUUGCCCUUGCUGCACCUGCGUGUAAUGUUAAAUGAAUUAAGAUGAUCAGUACUAAUAAACGAGAAAUGAAAUACAACUUUUCAGAAAAGAUUCACUCAGUUUCACCUGCCUAAAAGCAUGUUAAACUGAGAAUAAGUAUGUUCAGUUUGCAUUCUUGAAAGAGAUGAUUAGUGUAGUGAAAAAUAUUGUGAAGAAAUACCCCCCUUUUUUCACGAUUCUUUUUUCCAUAUUUUUGAAUUAGCUAUACAAUUACCUGCCUGAUCAAUUGAAUUGAAAUCAAAAUGAAAUAUAAUUUGUAUUUCCCAUCAUGCAUCAGGUAUGGUCAAACAGUCGGUAGGACCAAAUAGAGCUCAAAGCCGUUAUGUGAGAAUUCUUCUUGAUGUAAUAACAUUUUCUUGUACAUGUAGAUUUUAAAUGUUCAUUUAGUUGAAGAAGUUGCUCAGGUGCUUUGCUAAAUCACUUCCUAUGGGUGAAGUGUCUUCAUUCAAAUUUCCUUACAACUUUAUAAUUCUUACUGCUUUCUUAUUAAAAAGAAGCCUCUUUUGUUGAGGGGGGGGGGGGGUAUGGGUUAUUACGGAUUUCCCUGAAGCAAUGGAAGCUUGGGCCAUUCUCCGAAUCAAGAUUUAGAGAGCAGGUUUUAUUUACGCACACUCGCCUGCUCUAGCAACGCCCUGGACGCUAAGCUAGAUUUUUUUUAAUGAAAAGAAAUCACUGUAAUGAUUAUAUUUGAAUACUUGUAAAUAAUAAAUUACAUGCUGCAUAUAAAGAAGAUGUACGGGUGUCUUUUUUAGAAGAUUUGAAUUCAAUUUUUAUAUUUUUUUUGAAAUUUACACAUGUAAUUGUGUCGAUGAUUGGUCAUUAUGAAAAUGAUUCACUUUAUGCAUGUAUUUGUGUCAAUACGAGUCUACGACUCUUAUACAAGUUUAGUAAUGAUUUAGUCAGCGCAGGAGAUGAUAUCUGUAUACAUUUAUAUAACCAUAUAUCUUAUAAAUUUUCAUUAAAAAUUGUCAUGAUUAUCAUACAAGCUUUUGUAAAAUGUUAAUUUUGAUGGGAAAAUGGACAAAUAUCAUGUUAUAUAUGUAUUUGGUAUAUUAUGAAAUAAAAGUAGGUUUUACUCAAAGCAACAUGAA